GUUCAAUUUUUGACAUGUCGAUUUCUAGAAGUAGUUCAAAUUUUAAAAUAAUUGCAUGUAAUUUCAUAAGAUAAUUUUUCAGUUGAGAAUUUAAGGUAGCGCAAUGAAUUUUGUCAAAUUGACAAGAAUUGCCCAAACACUUAAUAUAAGAGGAUGUACUGUACGUAGAUAUAGUUACAAACUUUCACAAAAUAGUCCUAUAACCUCUUACAAUAAUUCCUCAGGUAGAUUAGGAAUAGGAUUUCGGAAAGGGACCGUGAAAUCUAGUUUAUUUGAACGAAAAUUGUUAAUUCCUAGAGAAACAGUAGCUUUUAGACACUUUGCAACAAAAACGCCUGAUGGGCCUGAGGAUGGAGUCCCAGCUGCCGAAGAAAACUUCAAUCCCCAACUUCCAGCAACUGUAGCAGUUCCAGAAGUUUGGCCGCAUGUUCCUGUUAUUGCUAUUAGCAAAAAUAUAGUAUUUCCAAGGUUUAUCAAGCUAAUUGAACUAACAAAUCCACAACUUAUUAAACUUUUAAGACGAAAAGUUAAGUUAAACCAACCAUAUUGUGGUAUUUUCCUUAAAAAACGAGAAGACAAUGAUUCAGAGGUAGUCAGUAAUAUUAGUGAUGUUUAUGACAUAGGAGUUUUUGCUCAAAUUCACGAAAUGCAGGAUUUAGGAGAUCGUUUAAGACUGGUUGUGAUGGCACACAGGCGAAUUAAGAUAACUGGCCAGAUUUUUGAAAAUGAAGAGCAAAAAGAGGAUACUGAAAGUGAAAAACCCAGAAGGAAAUUGCGAAAUAAUAGAGUAGUAAAAACCCCAAUAGAAUCUACCAAAACAGUUGAAAAUAAAGACCAAAAAGCUGCCAGUCCCAGUGCUAAACCUAUAAUUGAAGGCUUAUUGAUGGCAGAAGUAGAAAAUGUAGUGCACAACAAAUUCCGUCAAACAGAAGAAGUGAAAGCGCUCACUCAGGAAGUUAUCAAAACCAUUAGAGAUAUUAUAAGUUUAAAUCCUUUGUAUAGAGAUAGCUUGCAGCAAAUGAUGCAUCAAGGCCAAAGAGUUGUAGAUAAUCCUGUAUAUUUAAGUGAUUUGGGGGCUGCUUUAACUGCUGCAGAAAGCAAAGAACUGCAGGAAGUGUUGGAAGAAAUGGAUAUUCCCAAGCGACUGAUGUUGUCACUGUCCUUACUGAAGAAAGAAUAUGAAUUGUCAAAAUUGCAGCAAAAAAUUGGAAGAGAAGUGGAAGAAAAAGUUAAAAAACAUCACAGAAAGUACAUUUUACAAGAGCAGCUCAAGGUAAUAAAAAAGGAAUUAGGAUUAGAAAAAGAUGAUAAAGAUGCUAUUGGUGAGAAAUUUCGGGAGCGAAUUAAAGAUAAAGUACUACCACAAGCCGUUUCAGCAGUUAUAGAUGAAGAAUUAACAAAAUUAAACUUUUUAGAAAGCCAUAGCUCUGAGUUUAAUGUGACACGAAACUACUUAGAUUGGUUAACGUCACUGCCUUGGGGAGUACACAGUGAAGAAAACUUGAAUCUCAAAAGAGCUUCCGAGAUUUUAGAUCAAGACCAUUAUGGAAUGGAAGAUAUUAAAAGGCGUAUUUUAGAAUUUAUAGCAGUUAGUCAACUAAAAGGUAGCACACAAGGAAAAAUACUGUGUUUCCAUGGACCUCCUGGUGUUGGAAAGACUAGUAUAGCUCGUUCCAUCGCCAGAGCUUUAAAUAGAGAGUAUUUUAGAUUUUCUGUAGGCGGUAUGACUGAUGUAGCGGAAAUUAAAGGCCACAGAAGAACUUACGUGGGUGCGAUGCCGGGAAAAGUAAUACAGUGCCUUAAAAAGACCCGGACCGAAAAUCCUUUAGUACUUAUCGAUGAAGUUGACAAAAUAGGAAAGGGUUAUUCGGGCGAUCCAAGUUCAGCACUCUUAGAACUGCUUGAUCCGGAACAAAACGCGAAUUUCCUAGACCAUUACUUGGACGUACCGGUCGAUCUGUCGAAAGUAUUAUUUAUUUGUACUGCUAAUAUAGUGGAAACGAUUCCCGAACCGCUUAGAGACAGAAUGGAAAUGAUUGAUAUGUCCGGAUACGUAGCAGAGGAAAAACUAGCCAUAGCCAAACAAUAUUUACUGCCCCAAGCUAUGAGAGAUAGUGGACUUAAAGAUGAGACCAUCAAAGUGGAAGAUGGGGCGCUUACUUCGCUCAUCAAAAGUUAUUGUCGAGAAAGCGGUGUCAGAAAUUUGCAGAAACAUAUUGAAAAGGUCGUUAGGAAAGUAGCUUAUAAAGUUGUGAAAGAAGAAUCGGCUUUUGUGAAGGUCGACCACUCAAACCUUCAAGAAUUCGUUGGAAAACCAGUAUUUACCCAAGAUAGAAUGUACCCGGUAACCCCUCCUGGUGUCGUCAUGGGUUUAGCCUGGACAGCAAUGGGCGGCUCCACUUUGUAUAUAGAAACAACAACGAGGAAACAGUCUACCGAAAAAGAUACAGAUGGUACAUUAGAAUUAACUGGACAUUUAGGGGACGUUAUGAAAGAGUCUGCCAAGAUUGCGAUGACGGUGGCACGCAAUUUUCUAUUAAGGAACGAUCCCAGCAAUCAAUUUUUGCAAAAAAACCAUCUCCAUUUACACGUUCCCGAAGGAGCUACGCCGAAGGACGGUCCCAGUGCGGGAUGUACGAUAGUUACGGCGUUAUUGUCGCUAGCUAAAGGACAGCCAAUUAGGCAAGACGUUGCGAUGACGGGCGAAAUAUCUCUGAUGGGAAAAGUUUUGCCCGUUGGUGGAAUAAAGGAAAAAACAAUAGCUGCUAAGAGAUCGGGUGUUAAGUGCAUCAUUCUUCCAGAGGAAAACAAAAAAGACUUUAACGAUUUACCGGCUUUUAUAACGGAAGGUUUAGAAGUACAUUUUGUCGGUACUUUUGAUCAAGUGUACGAUAUAGUUUUUGAUAAAAGGGCGUAGUAUUUUAAUUCCAUUGUUAUUGUUAAAAUAUAUUUGAUAAAAUAUGAAUUAUUGGUUUAUUUCUCUGUUUUGUAUUUGUUUUUCAAUAAAUUUUAAUAUAAUCUU